UACAUAUGAUCUAUGCAAAUGUAGUUUGUGAGUACUUUUAACAGACAAUAUUGCCGAAUUGCCGAUAUAUUUUACAACGUCUACGAUUGGUUUACUGAUCAUUCUUUCGUGAUUAAAAGUGGUGACAGUGGCAGUUCUACAGCUGUGUCAACGGAUAUCAGUCUUUGCUAGGCAAAACGUGAAGUAGUUGGCUCAUGUUUACCGCCACGUUCGCGGCCGCUCUGUCCAACAGCGGAAAAUUAUACGUGUUCGUUUUUAGCUGAUUCGUUAAACUCAUGUAAUUUAAAUAAUUUUUUCUCUUCUUCAACUUCAUUUUUAAGGAUUUUGAAAAUAAACGAUUUAGUUAAUGACGAUGAACUCAAAAAUGUUAGCAGUAAUUUGUAUCCUAUUAGCAAAUAUAACACCGUCCAUUUUAGGAUGGGAAACUAAACAACUUGAAGUUUUUGAUACAGUUGAAGAAUUGAACAAUAUCAAUUUUUAUAAAUACCUAGAUGUUCCUGAAGAUGCCAAUCUAACCACAAUUAGACAGUCUUUCAAAAAAAUGUCACUAUUACUACAUCCGGAUAGAAAUAAGUCACCUGAUGCUGAUGAAAGAUUUCGAGAAUUAGUUGCUAUCCAUGAAGUAUUAAAAGAUCCAGAAAAGCGAGAAUAUUAUGAUGAAGUAUUAAAAACUGGUUUACCAAAUUGGAGACAUGCACUCUAUUAUUACAGAAGAGUUCGUAAAUUGGGAUUAUUAGAGAUGUUUGUGAUACUGUUUUCUAUCAUAAGUGUAGGACAAUAUUUAGUAGCUUGGGGUUCUUAUGUUGAAAAUAAACUUACAGUAGAGAAUCUUUUAAGUUCAAAAGUAAAAAAACUGCGAAAACAAAAAAAAUAUAGAGGGGAUUCAACUUUACCUCCUGAAUUUGAUAUUAAUAUUCCAAAACCUAGUGUAAAAAAUACAUUGCCAUUCCAAAUUCCAUACUGGCUGUGGCUUUUGAUAAUAAAUUUACCAUGGUUGACGACAUCCACAAUUUCAUUUUUAAUUACCAAAUUCAAAGAACGUAAUACCAAAGAAAAAACUGAAGAAUUUGAUAAACCAGAACCCAUUAUUCGAGAACGUGUAAGGCGUCGCAAAACUCCUUACAAAUUGCCAGAAAUUAAUAGCCAACAAAACAAUGCUACAAUUGAAACUCAUGAUAAAUCUAGUUCUGAUCAAAAUGAAAUACCAGCUGUUGUAGGUGGUUUAUGGACAGAUGAAGAUUUAUAUGAAUUGUCACAACUUGUUAAUAAAUACCCAUCAGGUACCUCUGACAGGUGGCAAAAAGUUGCUAAAGCAAUGAAUCGACCUGUCCCUGAAGUCGCUUAUAUGGCAAACAAAAUGAAACAAAAUAAUUACAAAGUUCCCACUUCUGGUGAAAUGAUAGGAUCACCAAAUGUUGAAGAAUUUAAAAAGAAAAAAACUAGAGCAGUUAAUAAUAAUGAAUCAACAGACAGUGCAUGGAAUCAAAUACAACAAAAAUCAUUAGAGAGUGCUCUUACUAAGUAUCCAAAAGGAUCUACUGAAAAUCGAUGGGAAAAAAUUGCUAAAUGUGUUCCUGAUAAAACUAAAAUUAUUUAUGAGUUAUUAUGUCAUUAUACUCAUUUGAUUUUUGAAGAAUGUAUGGCACGUUAUAAAGAAAUAGUUGAAAUGGUUAAAAAGAAAAAAGAUUUGACGGAUGAACCUUUGGAAAAUGAUGAUAUAGUCAAUACAGAAUAAUAAAUAUCCAGAUUCAUGUAAUAUUCUUGUGUUUGUAUACAUUCUUUUUUAAGUCUGAUUUGGUUGUGAUUAUUUUAGCAUGAUUUAUUACUUACAGUAUGCAAUAUCAG